AUGAGCCUGCGUCUAUAUUUUCGCAGAUCCCAAUCCUCUGCUAUCAUCAAGGCCUACAAUCGACCAUUGGCCGGCCCUUAUGACGCGAAGGUCAAGUUCUACGAAGACAUGCAUUUUCUCUUUGCGCCUGUGCCGAAGGUAGACAAGUUGUUUGUUCUUGGUGAAUUCGAUGGCCGCAUCGAGACAGACCGUGCUGUGUGGAGGGGAGUGUUGGGUCCUCACGAAAUCGCCGUCUACAACGACAAUGGUCUCCUUCUCCACAGAGCAAUCCCGCUGCUCAACAUCGGCGGAAAAAUCUUCGCUCGCACUCCCAUCAACCGUCUCAACAAACAUCUGGAAAAGGAUCUCUUACCGCAAAGUCAGCGCGGCUUCCGCCGUCAUCGUGCUGCGCGCCAGCUUCAGGAGAAGUGCCAGGGGGUACACAUCCACCUAUGCUAUGCCUGCGUGGGGCUGAGGAAAGCCUUUGACAGGGUGGACUGCGGAGGAUUGUGGGGAAUCAUGCAGAAAUUUGGCUAUCCCGGACGAUUCAGUCAGAUGAUGUGGCAGCUCCAUGAUAGCAUGAUGACGCAAGUCACGGUCAAUAGAAUUGUCUCAGAGGCAUUCACAGUGACCAACGGAAUGAAGCAGGUCUGCGUCAUCGCACCCACCCUCUUCAGUCUUAUGUUCUCUGUCAUGUUAAUGAACACCUGUCAUGACGAACGCCCCCCCCUCCCCAGGAUCCAGGUCGCCAACAGGAUGGACGGCCAACUUCUCAAAAGUCGGUGGAUGCACUUCCUGUAGCCAGUAUCCACAACUACCGUCCACAAACUCCUCCUCGUCGACGAGUGCGCUGUCACAAAUGUGGACGUGUAAAGGGACAUGGACCUCUUCGCCACCGCCUGCGACAACUGCGGUCCGAUCAUCAACACGGAGAAGUCAGUGUUCAUGCAUCAGCUGUCACCCAACGCUGCCUAAAACGCACCUCAAAUCAAUGCGAACGACGCCCAGCUGCAAGCCAUGGACACCUCCAGCUAACUGGGCAGCACCCUUUCUCUUACAACGCCAAAACCGACGACGAGAUGUCCCCUGAUCUCCAAGGCUAGCCAAGUCUUCGGUCGCCUGCAGAACACCAUCUGUUGUUCACACGGCCUCCACAUCAGCCCCAAACUGGAGAUGUACAAAGCGGUUAUCCUGCCGACGCCGCUGUAUGGAGCAGAGACCUGGACGAUGUACAAGAAGCAGGCACGAAGUCUCAACCACUUCCACCUUAACUGUCUUCGACGGAUAUUGAACCUGGAGUGGCAGGACCGGACCACGAAUAGGGAAGUACUGGAUAGAACUGGAGUCCUCAGCAUCUACGCCACGCUGAGACAUCUGCAACUGCGCUGUAGUCACCAUCUCGUGCGCGUGGAGGACGAGCGACAACCCAAAGGACCCUUUUAUGGAGGUGUCUCCAAAGAGUCCCGCCAAUAAUGAGGUCAAGUCCGGUGCUACAAGGAUACUCGGAGGACCUCCUCGAAGCGUCUGCAGAUUAACCCGGCCAACCGGGCAGACCUCGCCUGGAACCUGGCAACGUGAUGGAGAGCAGUGGAGACCGGUGCAGCAAUCUAAGUAGCCACCUGCAUUACCACCGCUAAGGCCAAACGCGAAGAUUGAAAACCCAUCUGCGUCCACCUUUCAACGCCGACACUCAACCGCCCCCAACAAGCCCACGAUUUUAACGGUGGUUCCGGACACCAGUCGACCCUACUGGGCAUCUGCGGACCAACUGCACCAGUCGGACGACGCUAACUGAUGCCUCCCGUCCACCUCUGCCCGGCACCUAUGUCCAUAAUCCAUCCUAAUGGUGUUCUUGACCCCCGUUGCUAACCUCCAGAAUCAUCUGUUGCGACGGCACCUGCCCCUACCAUCAGUGCAAACCAUCAUGACGCAUCGUCCAGCAUUAACCCCACCACUGCAAAUUCCAGUGAUGCGGAGUCGGUAACAAGCCGUCCUGAUUGCGAUCGCACAUUCACCUCACACACCAACCUGGUCGGUCACUUUAGAAUCCAUCGCGCACAGACUGGUAAACCAGUGCCUGGAACGCUAACCUACAUUCGUCUCAUCCGCCUCCACUGUCCACACUGUCCCCAUACCUUUACUCACCGCAUGGGCCUACUAGAUCACAUAAAAAUCCACGACAGCAAAGAUUACCGCAGUAUCGGCACAUAUAACACACCUUGCCCACCCACCAUGGCUACCCCAAUCAGCACCCCAUCGUUCACCGCGCUUACCGCCUGCAACUACACCAUCACCACCACCACCACCACCACCACCACCACCACCACCACCACCACCACCACCACCGCCGCCACCACCAACACCAACGCCAUCAUCGCUGAAACCGCCUCUGACGCUCCCGUUCUAUCCUGCCCACAAUGUCCACAUACAUUCACCUCACACACUGGUCUGGUCGGUUGA